GUUUGGUCGGAUCGAAAUUGGUAGUACCCUUCGGAUCUCUUUCACUCGUUUUCCUAGGUUUUCCUAACACACUGUCGUUUUGAUAUUUCGAGAGAAAAAUCUCUCGGCUCUUGUGGCACUAACUAAAGUAGGAUUGAUUCCUCUCAAAUCUCAAUCGCCGAUUACAGUAGUUUACUACUCCUCCUCCGCCGAGGGCCCAUUUCUCCGUCAGCAAUCUUUUCUCAGUCCGGAAGCAAUCAUAGUUAGAAAUUGGAGAUUAUCUUCAGUUGUUAGUUACAUUGACUCUUUCCCCUAAACUUACCUUUCCUCCAACAUGUUCAAGAAGUUUUGUUUGGAGGAGAUUUCAUCACAAAACCAAGUGAAGGCAUCUGUUCAACGCAGGAUCCGCCAGAGUAUUCAAGAUGAGCCCAAACCAUCUGACCCUUGUUGUUGUCAACAAUGUCCCCCUCUUCUUCUGUAUCCGUGACGGGCCAUACAUGCCAACACUGCGACUUCUUCAUCAAUACCCUAAUAUAAUGAGGAGGUUUCAAGUUGAUAGAGGUGCCAUAAAGUUUGUUCUCUCUGGUGCAAACAUAAUGUGUCCUGGUCUUACUUCCCCGGGAGGUGUUCUGGAUGAAGAAGUUGACGCUGAAAGGCCAGUGGCCAUAUAUGCAGAAGGAAAGCAACAUGCCUUAGCAAUAGGCUUCACCAAAAUGUCAGCCAAGGACAUAAAGGGAAUAAACAAAGGAAUCGGAGUGGAUACCAUGCAUUACCUCAACGACGGUCUCUGGAAGAUGGAGCGGCUAGAUUGAGGACGAAAUUAAAGGUCCAUGUUGUCGGAGAGAGAUAUUAUGAUCUCCGUUUAUGUUCUCUAAACUUAUGAAGCUUUUGUCCGGAUCAACCUUAGCUUUGUUUUGAUUCGCUUACAAAUAUAUAAUGUUUAUUUUAUGAGGGAGCAUCAACCUUAGCUAAGGUUUCUACAGUUUCUAAUUCCGUAUAAUCAAUGGCUUUUUACGCCGUAAGCAAGUCACGGUGGCGCACAUCCUACGAAUAUGUGCUCAGUUAAUUCGGUUAAGUCACUUUUGUUUUCAUUGAUUUUCAGUUAUAAUAAUUUUGUUUCCUC